AUGGUGGCGUGCUUCCCUCCCGUCGAGGAUCCGACCUCAAUCGGGCCGCUUUACGUCCUGCACUUUGCAACGUCGCAUCACGCCUUCCGCCUGCCCGACUUUCUUGCCGCAGCCGAGUAUCUGCGCAUUCCGUUCGCAUUCGUCCCUACUCCUGCCAAGCCCAUCCUGGAGGAGAGCCGCAAGGCGCACGAUACUGCCGAGCAAGCCUCGUCUUCGGGCUACCGACCGGACCUGCGACGCCCGUUCGCGCUCGCGCAUCUCCCCAACGACGAAGCGGCCGUCAACCUGCUCCGCCGUUGCGUCUCACUGCGCUCCGUUUGGGCCUACUGGUCUCACGGCGCCAGCUACGAGGAACUUCACAGCCGCAAUCAGGAGGAGGCCAACCGAGCGCUCUGGUCGCCCUAUGUUGAGGAAGCCGAUUGCCCGUCGUGGAAGGCACAUGUGUUCUCGUACAGCUACACCAUCAGCGACAAGCGCAAGAUCGACAUUAUCCAAAGCUUCAGCUACAUGGACCUGAAAGGCCGCAUCCAACUCAAGAACCCCUCGAUGCGAUGGGGAGUGAUGGAGGAGUUCAUCGCGCAAGAGCUGUGGCCUGGGCAUCUGCGCGACGAACACAACAACUACCCCGGCGCAGGCAAGGACACCGACAAGGCUCAGGGCAGAGAGGAGCUGGGCGACAAGGACCCCAGGCUUGUGCAGAUCUUCCUCGGCAGGCGCAUCGACGUCCACGCCGGCCCUCUGUACUCGGAGAAAGCAGCACCCGUGGCGCCUCGAAAGUCGAGCGACCCCACGCAGGAAGGCCAGACCGGCCUGGCUAGAGACUUGAUCGAGAAGCUCAACCUCAAGAAGCGCGUCUACAUUGGCAAUACGUCGAUGGAAUCGGAGAUGAGCCUGCUGAUGGCGAGCAUGGCGUUGGCCGGCCCCGGCAAACUCAUCUACGACCCUUUCGCGGGAACGGGCUCGAUGCUGUACGCAAGUGCGGUGUUUGGUGCAAUGGCGUUCGGGAGCGACAUCGACGGCCGACCGAUGCGUGGCAAGGACAACAUCAGCGACUCGAGCAGCAAGACGGGCAUCGUCAAGAGCGCCACACAAUACGGCGUGCGCGACCACAUUCUCGACACGGUAGUGUUCGACAUGACUCAAAACCCGUGGCGCAAGGAUCUGCUGUUCCCGCUGCACGCAGAGGAGACGCCGAGCAAAGAUCAGAAGCCGCCAAGUGGUGUAGUUCACGGCAUCGUUGCCGAUCCCCCUUACGGCGUGCGAGCGGGUGCCAAACGACUCGGCAAGAGGGACCCCGAAAAGCAGCGCUCGGAACCGUUCUGGAUGCCUGACGGACUUGGAGAGGGCAAAGGCUGCUGGUCGCACGAACGAUCCGACUACAUCCCGCCCACUCGUCCGUACCACCUCGAGGACCUUGUGGAUGAUCUGCUCGACUAUGCCUACAGCCUUCUCUGCGAUGGUGGCCGCCUGGUAUUCUGGCUGCCAUCGAUGAUCGACCCCGAAGAGGAAGACGAGGUCGAGGGUGAGGCAGGCAGCCAUGCCAAGUCGUCGGCCGCCAUCGAGCGGUCGGUGAGUAUCGAUCUGCCGCAGCACCGUCGCAAGGCGGGGCAGGGUCGCAUGCGUAUGAUCCACUACUCGCUCCAAGACUUUGGAAGAUGGGGCCGUUGGCUCAUCACGAUGGAGAAGGUGUCGCCGGAGAACGAUGUCGACGACGACGGAUUGCGCGAACUCGAGGAGAGAAUGGGCGAGCUGGGCAAGAACAAGGACGAGCGUGGCAUCUAUCGGGCCGAUCGCGAUCCGCUCGAGUUUCGCAACCGAUACUACCUCCCUCGCGAGGCCAAGGCAUCACCUGCAGUCUAG